GAGUUUACUUUCACGGCGUCAAAUAAGAAAGAAAAAAAAAACAUUGCUCGAGGCGAACAAAGGCGCCAGUUCCUCCUCACAGGUACAUUCAGUACAUAUGUGUCUGUCACGGGACCGGAGGAGGAGGUCCCGCAGGACCGUAGAACCCGAACCGGUCUGCGGGUCCACCUGCGCUAUCCCAGGCUCUCCGGUUCCGGUCGUCACAUCUUUGUUGUUGUGAUAGUUUGGAGUGGUUAAUGCGCAGUCGCAGAACAAAGGACAGAAGAACGUGUCGUCUCCUGUAAGUUUUGGAGUGAAGGAACAAAGCAACAGAUGAGUGGAGCCGGAUCCAGAAUGACGGCAGCACCUCCGAUCUUCACCUCCUUCUAUUCGUUUUUCUUGGUGAGAGGCUCCUGACUUUUGCUGAACAUCAUGACGGACUCGAACCCUCCAGCUGCUGUCAGGGUGUUUGCAGCUGGAUCAGCUGGCUGUGUGGCGGAUCUGGUCACGUUCCCGCUGGACACCGCCAAAGUCCGGCUGCAGAUCCAGGGGGAAGGAAGAACGUCGCUGGAAGGUCAGACUGUGAAGUACAGAGGCGUGUUUGGCACCAUUGUGACCAUUGUGAGGACAGAGGGGCCGAGGAGCUUGUACAACGGGCUGGUGGCAGGACUGCAGAGACAGAUGACCUUCGCCUCUGUCCGCAUCGGCCUGUACGACAGCAUGAAGCAGCUGUACGCAGGAUCGGCAGACAAUGCUGGACUCGGGACUCGCCUGUUGGCGGGCUGCACAACAGGAGCGAUGGCGGUGGCUUUCGCUCAGCCCACCGAUGUGGUGAAGGUCAGGUUCCAGGCUCAGGUUCGGCUGCUUGAGAGCGCCACCGGGAAGCGAUACAGCAGCACCACUCAGGCCUACAGGACCAUUGUCAGAGACGAGGGCCUACGGGGGCUUUGGAAAGGCGCUCUACCUAACAUCAUUCGUAACGCCACCGUAAACUGCUCUGAGCUGGUUACCUAUGAUGUCAUCAAGGAACUCCUCUUGAAGAACCACCUGAUGACGGACAACAUGCCGUGUCACUUCAUCGCAGCCUUCUCAGCUGGCUUGUGCACCACGGUCGUGGCGUCUCCGGUGGACGUCGUGAAAACCCGUUACAUGAACUCAGUGCCGGGGCAGUACGGUGGGGCUCUGAAUUGUGCUGCAACUAUGCUGAUCAAAGAGGGACCCACAGCUUUCUAUAAGGGCUUCAUGCCGUCCUUUCUUCGUCUGCUCUCCUGGAACAUUGUGAUGUUUGUGAGCUAUGAACAGUUCAAAAGAGGUUUUCUGAGACUUCAGCAGUCUUGGAGUUCUCUGCAGAAGCCCAUCUGAUGUCAGACCAGGACCUGAAGCGGCAUCGCUGACUGCUGUGGCUCUGAAUCCCCAAAAACUGCUCUUCUUUGAAGUCCCACUCCAGUCCUAUUUGGAUAUGUUUUGAAAGUCUUCCCAGUGGUCUUUUAAAUAUGAAUAUAACGUUUUUAGGCAAAAUCUUAAAACCUGUGUCAUUUUCUAGGACAGGGUUUCUGCAGAGCAGCAGAUGUUCCUUAGAAAUUCCCCUCUGAGUUGUGGGCGGGACUGCUGAAGCAGAGUGAGCUCGCCCCUACUACCCAUCAGCCAUCUCUUUACACUCUCUGCCGCUAGCUUACAGCCCCUCACAUCCGCAACAGAAGAUUACCAAUGCAAAAAAUGGCGAGCAAUAUUAGCGCUAUCCAGCUGUGCAAUUAUCCAGCUUGGACCAGGAUAAUGAAGACAUACAUGGAUCUAGUCGUCUACAAACGGAUGCACCAGAAUGGAGCAGAACUGGGAGCUUGUGGCUCGCGGUUGUAACUUCUACGUCACGCCUACAAGCUUUUUUUCAACAGCAUUUAGUUUUCCUCUGCUUCUGAGUCACAACAUUUUGAAUGAAGAAAUAUUCAGAAAUGCAAUCUAAAGCUCAAUUCUCUUUAUAUAUGUCUUCUUUCAUGAGAAAUAUGCAACAAGAAUAUGUCAAAAACACCAAAAACAAGAUUUUUGUCAGUGGCUCUUUAAAACUCCUGGAUGGUUUUCAAAUAAAAAGUUUAGAGUUACAACUUGUGAACUCUUAAGGGUUGAUGUGUAAAAAUGAAAACCACUUUAGAAUGUUUUUAAUAAUAAAAGCACUUAAAAAUAUCAUUUAUAUACAGAAAAAAAUCUGUUUUAGUAUCAUCAUUUGGGAAGAAUACUAGGUGUUAUGUUGCUUACAGGUUGUGUCACCUUUGAUAAUUGGGAUCCUCAAGAAAAACAAAAGGUUCAAUGUUUGUUUGAGUUAAAUACUUCAAGGCAAAGCACACUUUGAAAUAUAAACCUCUCCCUAUUAGAUUUUUAAUAGUGUAAAAGGUAAAUUAUCAGUUCAUAUUUACUCCUUUCAAGUCCAUCUCGUUUAAUGUAUCUUUCAUUCCUCCAUUAAAUAAAUGAACUUUAAAUGGACAGAA